AAUAUUCACCAAGCAUUCUGGCACUAUAACCCCAAACAUACGCAUAUUACGAACCUUGAUUCCAGCAUCAUUAUGGCUUCUGGAACCGCGCUCACGCCAGCCAUCAUCGCAACAUGGCCAGUACCCAACUAUGUUGACCCAGUCUCGCAAAGGGAGGCUGUCGAAGCUGCAAUAUACGCGACAACCAUUCCAAUGGUGUGCCUUGUCGCUAGCAGAAUCUACGUUCGGGCGAAUCAGAAAUCAGGUGUAGGAGCCGAUGACUGGAUCAUGGUUGGCGCAGCCGUCUUCGCCGUAGCGAUUUCUGUCUGCCUGUUGGUCACGACCACCAACUCUCUCGGGCGUCAUCUUUAUGACGUAAACCCGUUGACGUUUGUGAGCUCUGCAAAAUACAACGUCGCGAGUGUCACAAUGUACAAUGCUUCCAUGACACUCACUAAGCUUUCCACAUGGGUUGCGUCUCGGGUCACUAUGGCAUUGUGCAUCGAGUACAAUGUUGGUAUCAUGAGCGGCUGCCUACCUUGUCUACGUCCGUUCCUAGCAAUGAUGGCUCCUGGGAUCUUCGCUGGACCAUCUGCGGCACGCAGCGGCAACGCUGCUAGUUCUGGCGGAGCAUCCUGGCGCAAGUCUCCGUUUCGAUUUGGAAACUCCAACCUAUUCAAGCUAGGCGCAGGCAAGCCGUCAGAACAUGGUGAAGAUUACGAGUUCGCGGAUGCGGAACAUGCGGGAGCUGCCCGCGCUUGGGCUGCAGGCGGGAAAGGGGUACCGCAAGCUAGCAUUGGCAUCGUGUCUGGACCUGAUAUUUCAGUGAACAGAGAUGCGAAGUUGCGCGAUGGGUAUGAUUCGCCGGGUAUUGUUACCAAUGAUGCGACUAGUGAGGAGUGGAUCAUGAAGGAGGACUCUUCUAGGUAGCUCG